AUGGGCAUAUUGCUCGCCUUUGGUGGCGUCGUUAUGAACAUGUACGUAGUGCUUUCCUGUUUCUUUCAACGGAUCGCACUGAUUAAUCCGGUGACGGGCGAACCCAUUCCAGGCAGUGAACGUGGGUAUGGUUUUCUAGGCCGCGAGGUGGACUAUGGGCUUCAACCCGAUUACCAGCAGUGCAUUUACUACCCUGCUGAGGAGGAAGCAGAGAUUUUCGAUAGCUGGGUCAAGGCCGGAAAGGCAUUUGCCUACAUGAGUGGCAUCUUGGGAUUAGUUUGUUUCUGCGUGCUCCUAUUGUCGUGCUGCGUAGCCUUUUCGCCUAGCAUGUACGAGCGAUGGCUCUUUUGGUUCUACAUUUUUGCAUCUCUUUGCAUCGCGUUCAGUUUUCUCAUGUUUGGAUCCGAGUUUUGCAGCGAAAACAACUGCAAGAUAGCCCAGGGUGGAGGCUGGGCGAUUUCCACUUUUUUCUUUUGGCUGUGCUGUGCCAAUACGGUCAAAAGUAUGGCCCAGGCUCGACCCCCACGAUCGAGGAACAACGAUAAUGACGAUGACGAUGAUGCGAAUAGUCUCUGGUACGAUCACGAAGAAGACAAGUAUCGCAAACGCCCGGGGGAGUACUACGAUGACGAUGGUGGCGAUGAGAACGGUGACGAGGAUUCGUGGGAAUCCUACUACGAAGAGGAUGAGGAAGAGGAAAACGUAACCACCCGACGAAAGGCAAACACCCGUGACGACCAAAGCCCCGCCAGCCAACUCCAAUCACAGAUACCAACUCCCCAAUCGAACGUGGAUCUCCUGGAUGACGACUUUCAUCCGGACAGUCAUGCCACGGACCACAACAGUUAUACUGGAAGUGCGCAUCUCAACAAUGAUGGCGCCUCCCUGGACCAGGGCAGUUAUCCAGGAGGACCGUACAAGGACGGUGAAUCUACGGCUCGCAACAGUCUUUACAAUGGUGGCAAUUCCGUUGUCGACGCGGUCUCGAUUGGUCCAAACAGCGACAACGGCGGCUCGAUUCGGGAUGCUUCUUCCGUACGUGAAGGCAACUACCAUGGUGCUAACUCGACGGACCGGCAUAGCGUCCACGGGUCUGCGGAGGAUUUUAAUGUCCCAGUUGACGUAGACCACAAUGACGUCCACGGCCAAAACGACAGCCGUGUUCCCGUCGUCCAUGCCGAAAAUGGCUACUUUGACGACUCCUUCGGUAACGUGAAUGCUAUCGACUCCAAUCGGCCAAUCCCUCGAGUCGGUGACGUUGAUGGUCCCACAAUCACAUAGGGCUUUUCCCCGGCUUAUCAACAAUGGCACAGCGUAUCUACCCUAACUGUGGUUGAAUUGUAGGACGUGCGACGGCCGUGCAUUGCGCUGC